GCCGUCUGGAUAAGCUCGACAUUUCCUCACCAGAUGUCAGCACCUACAAAAACGUAAAGGGAAAAAUAGAAAAAUCUGUUUAGGCCUAUUUAUGCUAGAAUUCGAUUUUUGUCAUAAUAAUGACAAGGUGAUGCUGAUAUAUACUCCUGUAUAAAGUAGCUGGUCUAUUUUAAUGCUAUGGGAUCAGAUCAAAGUACUUUACCAGCUGGGGCACCAGGCAGUAACCUGAGAUCACAAAGAGAUGAAGAAAUUCCCUAUACCCAGUAUUCCAUUAGUAAACCUAUUGAUGGCGGCUCACCAAGACUCUCUCCUAGAAUUACCAAUAAAAAUAAAACCAGUCCUAAACUUGACAGAGAGGCUGGGGGAACUCCCAAACAUGACAUUGUGGUUGUCGCUGAGGGAACAACAAGUAAAAGCAAAGACUUAGAAGUUGAUAAACUAAAUUCUGUUCCUGUUUUCUUUCCAAUAAUGCGUGGAUCUUUAAAUAUUCCAGUGAGUAGUAGAGAUACAGACCUACUGGAUAAGCUUGACUACAAACAGUUAUUGCUCAUGUCUCUCCGUUAUCAAGAGCAUCUGAAACAAUUAUCAGAAGCAGUGGCAUUUGAUCAGAAUGCUUUGUGUAUACGUAUUAAGGAGAUCGACCAUACAGUGAAUAUUUUAUUAGGCAACCUAAACGAACGACAGAAAAAAUACACAAAAUACGCAGAUCAAACAAAGAGAAUAAAUGAAACUUUAACAGCUCUUCAAAAAAUACAAAAAACUAUGGAUGGUAUUAUUCCAAAAAUGGAAAACUUGAAUAAACUCCUUCCACCUGAGGAACAGUUAGAGUCUUUCUCAAUGAGACCUAAAUCUAUUGGUUCAUAAAUCAACUACUUACUCUAUGACUUAAAUAUUGGUCUUGUGUUAUUUAUUAAUGCUCUAGCUCCAUGGUUAUUUUACUAAUGUUAUUUAUGUUUGUGCACAUUGUAUCAUUAGAUCUGUCAUUGAGUCAACUCGCAUGGUUUUGAUUCCCCAGUUGUACGUGACGCGUCUUCCGGUUUCCUCCCACUACUAAUGACCCCACAUGGAAGCGAAUUAUUGAAAUAAAACCUUGUGUAUUUGUCAGGCACUUGACAAUUUUUUGCGAUGUUUGGGCUUUGUAAUUGUAUCAAUAUUGACUUCAGUAGAAAAGGGAAACACACAUCAUAAAUCAUAAUAGAGUUUUGGCAUAUUUCUGUAUCAACCAACUGAAUCAAUGGUCAGAAUUCAGUACACUGUCACCAGCUACCAUUGUCACAAAAUUUGUCUCCCCUUGGUAGGUUUAGUGGGUAUCUGGCAUGGGCAACAAUUAAUACCUUACUUAUACAUACUCAACAACGUAGAAAUAAACAGUAUAAUAGAUUCAUGAAAUUAGUAUUUGUAAAUUGAUACUGUAACCAAGACACUGAUGAUAUUUGCAAGUUCCAGUACAUGUAAGGGAAAUAAUUGGCUACAAUGUAUACUAUUUCAUAUUUAUUCAUGUAUUGUCAAUUGUAUAUCGAUCUUUAAUUGGCCCUUGGGGUGCAUAUAAUGGAUAUACUAUAUAUAUAUUGUUAUGUUAUUGUAUAAAAAAAUUGUUUUAAAAUACUAAA